UUAGUGCGGACGGACGCAGCGUGAGGACGACAGGGAUGCUGAUCCCAAAGGUGCUUUAGAACAUCACAGAGGGUUGGAUAUCUUGCGUUUGCCCCCUGGAGUUUCUCUUUGUUUGUUUUACUUUCACUGUCUUACCUGGAGUUCAAAGUUUUGGAAGAACCACAUUUAUGGAUUACUGAGAGGACAGGGGGCACGCAGCUCACGAUGGCCGUGGCUUUAGACGCAGUGUGGGUGAGGGUCAAGAAUGUCCUCAAACAGAACGGUCUCCUCAUAAUGUCCGUGUUGGCUGUGGUCAUCGGGUGUCUUCUGGGGUUCUUCCUGAGAACACGCCGUCUCUCAGAGCAGGAGGUGAAGUACUUCCAGUUUCCUGGUGAACUCCUCAUGAGGAUGCUGAAGAUGCUCAUUUUGCCGCUCGUCGUGUCCAGCUUGAUGUCUGGACUGGCGGCUCUCGAUGCCAAGUGCUCCAGCCGGCUCGGCCUGAUCACCGUGUCGUAUUAUCUCUGGACCACGUUUGUGGCCGUGAUCGUGGGGAUCAUGAUGGUGUCCAUCAUCCACCCGGGCGGAGCGGCCCAGAAGGAGGACUCUGAGGACAGCGGGAAGCACAUCAUGAGUUCUGCCGACGCUCUGCUAGAUCUAAUCCGAAAUAUGUUCCCAUCAAAUCUGGUCCAGGCCACUUUUCAGCAGUACCAAACACGGAGCCAGCUCAUCGUGAAACCGAAGCCAACGGUGAGUCAGGCCCAGUCAGAGUCCACCACGCGGCGGCCGCUCAUCUAUGGCAUCCAGGACGAUAACGGCACUGACAUCCGGAACUUUGCUCUUGACCUCACCCCUCCUCCGGACGUGCUGGUGCGCACUCGUGAAGGAACGAGUGAUGGAAUGAACGUCCUCGGGAUCGUUAUCUUCUCAGCCACCAUGGGCAUCAUGUUAGGAAGAAUGGGCCCCAAUGGAAGCGCCUUGGUCAACUUCUGCCAAAGUCUCAAUGAAGCGGUUCUUAGAAUUGUGGCCAUUGUCAUAUGGUACUUUCCAUUUGGCAUCGUUUUCCUGGUGGCUGGUAAAAUCCUGGAGAUGAGUGAUCCCUCUGCAAUGGGGAAGAAGCUGGGUUUUUAUGCCAUCACCGUGGUGUUUGGUUUGGUGUUGCACGGCUUGUUCAUCCUGCCUGCCAUGUACUUCUUCAUCACCAAAAAAAGCCCCAUCGUUUACAUCCGGGGAAUCCUGCAAGCCUUGCUUAUAGCCCUGGCCACUUCCUCCAGCUCUGCCACUUUGCCUAUAACCUUCAAGUGCCUCUUAGAGAACAAUCACAUUGACCGACGCAUCAUCCGAUUUGUGCUCCCAGUGGGCGCCACCAUCAACAUGGACGGCACUGCCCUUUAUGAAGCUGUGGCGGCCAUUUUCAUUGCACAAGUUAAUAAUUAUGAGCUGGAUUUUGGCCAGAUCAUCACUAUCAGCAUCACAGCGACGGCAGCAAGCAUCGGCGCAGCAGGGAUACCACAAGCUGGACUGGUCACCAUGGUAAUUGUGUUGACAUCUGUUGGAUUGCCCACUGAUGACAUCACCCUCAUCAUUGCAGUGGACUGGGCACUGGACAGAUUCCGAACGAUGGUAAAUGUAAUGGGGGAUGCUUUGGCCACAGGCAUCAUGGCACACAUCUGCAGGAAAGAUUUCAUCAAGGAGGGUGAUGGGGUACCUCUGGUCUGUGAGGCUAAACUCCCAGUGAAUCCCCCACCCACAAUGAACUGCCACAACAACAAUGGGAACGUUCGACCGCCUUCCUCAGGAGUCAAACACAAGCUCCUUCCUCCUGAUGUUGCUCGACUAAUGCAGCUUGAGGAAGGUGUUCAGCAGAUUUCAGACAAAAAGAAACCUCCAAUUCCUCCAAGAUAUCUGAAGAAGAGCAAAGAACACUGCACCAUUGACAUGAAUGGCCUUGAGACCAAUGUAUAGCCACUGAGUGCAAUUUCAUUUGAUAUAAGUGUAUUUGGACAGAUGGAUGCCCAGAAGCAAAGGGAACUUGUAACAGCAUCAAUAUUGUAUUUUAUAUCCUGCAGUACCAAAAUCCAUCUCUCUACCUAUCUAGCUAUGCAGCUAGCUAGCAAUCUGUCUGUCUAACCAGCUAGCUAGCUUGUUGUAUACUGCAGCACUGGUCAUGCCAAAAAAAAUGACAAAAAGUUGUUCUUUUAUUUAAAGGUCAGAAUUUGUGAGCAAUAGACACUGGCCAGUGUCACACCUUGGAAAACAUGGAAAAAUCGGCUGGAAAGUUUUUAUGUGGAAGAAGGGUCUGGUCCAUAUGGUUUAGUGGAGAAUAAAUUAACAUAAGUUUUUCAUACAAAUUACAUGUGUUUUGUGAAUGGAGUUUGUUUUCCAGCUGUGCUAUUUCUUUUUUUUUUUUCUCAAUUCUGUCUCUGUCGGGUUUUAAAAACUUCUUAUUUGCAUUUCUUCAUUGCCAGGAAAAGGACUGCAAAACCAUUUCUCUCCAUUGCCACUAUGUUUAAGCAUUGUUCUUCUGAUCCAGGACUGGCUUUCAUGCUCACACAAGAAGUCACUCUUUGUUCCUUCCAAUUUGCACGCUUCCUAAGUGACGAGAUGGUUCCACUCACACAGUGAAAACAUGUUUACAACAAUACAAUGACAUGUAAAGAAAAUUACAAUGAUUGGUUGGAGCACAUUGUGAGGUAACUUGUCUCUGUCCCAGAGUCAGAUAUUGACUGAUGCAAUUGUAUAUUCAGUAAAGAUAGUUCAGUCACUUGUCUGAAAAAUGCACCAAGAGAAGGAUUCUGUAGAGUCUGUGUGUGUGCUCAUAUGUGUGUAUGAUGACCAGUGUUAUCAGGCUGGAACUGCAGUGAAUAAUGUUGAGUGUCAGAAAUACUCUGACAUUACUCUCACUUUUCAUGAAAGGCCCAUUUGAAAUGGUACUGACAUCUUGGCACUAGAAUCUAAAACUGGGUUCUCAAAAGACAACUUUUCCUUUAUAACAAACUUUUAAUUUUCUGUGGCACUUUAAUGCUCAACUCCUUGACCAGUUUUUUUCUUGAGCGUUUGUCAGAUAGUCUGCUUCUUUCUAUUGCACGAAAAACUCUGACUUUCAUGAAUGCUUUACAGAACCACAUUCAUGCAAAAGAGCGUACACUCGAGCUUGGUGAUGAAAAGGUAAACUUAAAUGGUUUUGCCUUAUGGUCCUUGACUGAUAAGGACGGGAACUGAAGUGAUUUUAUUUUUUUAUGUUUCAACUAAUAUGUGAAGAAAAAAGACAUUUGUAUAUGACAAAUUUAAUGGCUUUUGGCUAAACUUGAUCAAAUCAAAAGACUUGGGACUUUAUUUGGAUUUGAGCUUUUUGACAUUUCAAUGAACUAUUAAUGUUGAACAUUUCCAGCCAGCUUUCACAAUUACCCAGCCUCCCUGUAACAAUACAACAUCCAAUGAAGUUGCUGAAGAUAAGCAUAAAGAAAUUUGGAGAAAGAAAUGUUUCCAGAAAUGAUGGGUGGUGAAAAAGAAACAAUGUCAAGUGUGCAAGGCUGAACAGAAAGCACACCAUAGCAAUCAAGGUUUGGGACUAACAUAAAUUGAAUGUUAUCUUAACAAAGUCUUUUUUUUCUUCUUUUGCUUGCUACUUAAAUCAUAGAGACAAAAAAGUCAUUUUGUUUACAGGAGUUGAAGUGUUGGCUGAUCUCAUUGGUUAAUCUGAAAAAAAAAAACACAUUUUAGUCUAAAAAUGAUACUUUCACUUGUUUUGUCUUAUGAACAGUCUAAAUCUCAAAACUGUUAAUACACAUUAGACUUUUUACAACACAAAUAAACUCCUAACUCUUGUCUACAUAUA